AUGCGCGAAAACAACCUCCAUACAGUAUACGCUUUGCCUCCCUCGGCAAAUACCAGGGGGUUGAUCAGCCUUCUGGCGGUGGACGAGGCCCACUGCGUCAGCACCUGGGGGCACGACUUCCGACCGGCCUACCUCGAGCUCGGCGCGUUUCGCAAGAAGCACCUCAAGGGUGUGCCCUGUCUCGCCCUCACCGCAACCGCCACGGAAGAGGUGUGCGCGGACAUCAAGAAACAGCUCGGUUUCCGCGAGGGAUCCCGCGUGCUCAAGACCUCCUUCAACCGCGCGGAAAUCCACCUCUCCGUCCACUACAAGGACGCCAUGGAUGGAGGCGCGCUCGAGCACCUGGUUGGCUUCCUGAGGGAGAGGAGUGGCCAGUCGGGGAUCGUGUACUGCCACAAGAGGGACACCGCAGAGGAACUGGCGAAGGCCCUCAACCGAGCGCUGCGAAAGGAGUCCCUCCUGGACGGCAGGAAGGCAUUCUUGGCGAUGCCCUACCACGGGAAGAUGUCAGACCACGACAGGACCGAAGCCCAGGCACGUGCGAAGUUUAUGUCGGGAGAGGUGGACGUGAUCACGGGCAGCGUGGCGUUCGGCAUGGGCGUCGACAAGAGCGACGUAAGGUUCGUCGUGCACUGGGACCUGCCGAAGAGCAUGGAGGGCUUGUACCAGGAGCUAGGGAGGGCAGGGCGAGACGGAUCGAAGGCGGUCAGCGUGGUCUACCACAGCCGAGAGACGGUCGAGCUCCUCGCCUUCUUGGCUAGGAAACCCCGCCCACUCGCAGGUGAGGAGAAAGGGACGGAAACGGGCCGGAAGCGCCAGCGGCGAGCGUCCUUGAAGGCCGUCAAGGCUGUUGAUUCAGUGGUAGCCUACUGCGAGAAGCUGGGCUGCCGGCGGAAGGCCCUCCUUGCCCAUUUCGGAGAGGUGACCGGGGCGCCAGCAGCAGCGGCAGCUGCGGCGCAGAAGAAGCGCGGGCUUGCGACGUCUUCCGCCGGCAGCGGUAGAAGCAACAUCGUACCCACCGAUAUCUGCCGAGGAACCUGCGACUGGUGCGGUGGCGAGCGCGAGAGGAUCAAGACGGACCUCUUGAAGCUGGCGGGAGCUAGGGCCGGGGGGGGUUGGAUGGGCGUGGACGUGCGCGACCUAGGCGGCAGUGUAGGGGCUAGUGGCAAGGGAAGAGAAAAAGGUGGUGGCGGGGCGUCACACGACGAUAGCGGGUGGGACGCUAAGAGGUACUAUCGGUUGGCGGGGCAGGAAGACGGCGGCAGCAGCGACGACUCGGGCCAGGCACGUAUCGGUCGGUGUGCAUCGAUAUACCUUCUGAUUGUUGAAAUGCAAGGCUCGAGCAACGGAGAGCUCGACGACGCCGGGCACGCAAAACACGAGUAUCCCCCCUCCCCACCGUCGGAAACACGAAACCAGUGUCCAUGGCCGCUUUCCGCAACGAAGAGGACUACUGGGACAGGCUGGAGCGGCUCGAGGCCGAGGCGGAAGGAAAAACGCCUCCAAAUUCAAAGGGAGGUUGUUGUCGGAGACAGCCAGGUGCCUCGCCAGGAGCGACAAGAGCAGCAACGGCGACGGCUCAAAGUCCGGAGCGUGCACCAGCCGGUGCUGCCGCUUAAUAAGCGGCCUCGCACGACCGGCAGCAGAUGCAGCAACAACAGCUCGAGCAAGACGGUGCAUCCGUUUAGGUUGGACACGUAUUCCACCGCCGUCGCCGGCCGAUCGUUGGCCGUGGUGUCCGUGGAAGCUCGGCGAAAGCAACCGCAGCAGCAGCAGCCGACCGCAGCACGGCAUCAGCAGCAGGGCCCCGCAGUUGAACAGAACGGGAGACGAGCGGGAGACUCUGCAACAGCAACAGCAGCCGCUCAAAGCGCUUCGUUGCCUAAAAGACGAGGGGAUGAAGGAAGCGGAGCCGUGGCAGACCUGCUAGCGCAGGUUUUCAGUAGCCCCACCGGCGGUGCCGGGCGCAACAGCAGGGGCGGCGGCUUUGUCAAACAGCCGGCAAUCACCCAAGGUGCGACUGCCGGGUCUCGAAGCUCCCUCCGCGGGUCUGACCCGGUCGCGUUGUUUUCAAGCAACGGCGGUAGUGGCGGUAGUGGCGGUCGCGGUGCGGCGAGGACAUCAUCGCAGGGAGGUGAAAGGCCGGCGAGUGCUGAGCAAAAGCCUCCGGCAGCAAGAAGGAGCGGGGCCGGUGGAAGUGGGCGAGGGGGUGCGGUCGCCGACCUCUUCGCCCAGAUGUUCUCCUGCAAGGGUAGCGGCGGUGGUGGUGGCGGGACGGGCGUGUCGGACGCAACGACCAACCCGAGCGCUGCUGCGGCAGCAGGUUGGAGGAUUAAACCCGACCGCCAACAGCAACACCGCAGCAGCGGCAGCGGCGGCAACAGCUAUGUUGUCGGCGGGGUUCGAGCAAGUAGUAGUGGCAGCACGCACAAGCAAAAGUCAGGACAGCACGAAGCAGGUCCGCAGCAGCAGCAGCAGCAGCACCGCGGGAGAAAAGACGCUGCCGAUGGCCAUCAUCCCAGCCCAGCUCCCAGCCUUGCCCUCACUCGGGUGUCGUUCGGCGGUGGCGGUGGCGGUGACGGUAAUCUCACACGCAGAGCCGGCGGGGAGAGGGGUGCCCCCGCCCCACGCGGCAACGGAGGGGGGUCGAGGCGAGCAGAUUAGGGUGGUGGCGAAGCAUGGACAUACGUCAGCAGUCACCGCUAAGGGUACCUUUCUAUCCUACCUCUGCAGUGUGUGGAAAGAAUGGGGGUCUAGAUGACGAUUAGUGUAGAUAAGCAAUUCGAAGCGCUUCUUCGUAGUCCAUAGCCCAUACCGUAGUGUUUGAGUACCGCCAUCUAACGCACAAAACCAUCUUUGAUUGGUGUGCCCCUAGGAUUGUGAAGACCGCGUUAUUAGCUGGCAUUUCCAUGCUUUGUCUUGUUGCGGAGGACCAAAGCGAGCGAGCUCGUCGCGUUCGCCGUUAGAUUGCGGGUAUAAUGAAGCGAUGUGGCGGGCUGGCCUUUUCCGGUCUUCUGGAGGUCUGGAACUGAAUGAUGACGGACAUUCAGAAUACUGAAGUGCUGAAGGACUCUCAUGCUUGUUGCUACA